AUGAGAGAGAUAGGCGUCGCAACUGAUGGCAGCAAAGGGGGGGCCCAUGGCAUUGGAGAGGCAUUAGUGAAGCUCUGUGCUGAACGAGGUGCAUAUGUCUGUUUUGGGGACUGGGACGAGAAAGCCGGGCAGGCUCUUGCUGACCGUAUCAAUGCAACUUGUCCGAAGGUCGAGGACUCAUCCAUUGCGCGAGUCUCUUUCAAAACCACGGAUGUCACAAUCUAUCAAUCUCUGAUCGAACUGUUUGAAUUCUGUUUCGAAACAUACGGCCGCAUCGACAGCGCUGUUUCCUGCGCAGGAAUCAUUGAGAUGGGGAACUGGUUUGAUCCAAACUUGAAUGUCGACUCCAUCCGAGAGGUUCCGAACCAGAAAGUCCUCGAUGUCAAUCUGCUGGGAUCGCUAUACUUUGCUCGAAUUGCCUGCGUGUACCUGCGACAAAGACGCAACGAGGGAGAGGACAGGUCCCUGACAUUGAUUUCAUCUGUGGCUGGUUUCAAGGAAUCGCCGGGCCUUUUCGUGUAUCAAGCCACCAAACACGGCAUCCUAGGCAUCAUGAGGUCCUUGAGGCUUUAUCUGCCGCCCGUGAUGGGCAUAAGAGUCAAUGCCAUAUGUCCUUGGAUGGUGGCAACGGCCAUGACAGCCGGAAUUGAACCGAGCUGGCGGGCCGCCGGAUUACCCGUAAAUGAGCCCAGGGACGUCGCCGAGGUCAUUGCUGGCGUUGCAUGCGCUCAUGAGGAGAAUGGAAAGGCCUUCUAUGUGGAAGGUGGCCGAGCAUGGGAGAUCGAGGAGAAGCUUGACCGGCUGGAGCCGCAAUGGCUGGGGGAAGAACAGUCCAAGUCUCUAGCACAAGGGCAGGCAGUUCUGGGAGCGGGUGCGGAUUGGACUAAGAAACCAAAGAAGUGA